AUGACUGAAAAAGAACUAACAUUAGAAUUAGAACCCGAGGAAGAAAUACCCGAAGAACCUGAGUUUAUCCAAGAAUGUGGAACAGAUUUGGAUGAUGAUUUGCCCGACACUGAGGAUAUUGAAGAUAAAGACGAUAUUAUUUACUGUUCUAAUACUAACCAAACCAAUGAACAAAAACAAAUCAAUUCUCAAUCCGUUCCCAUUUUCUCUAAUGUUGACUUGACUGCUAGCCAAUUUGGAGGUUUUCAACGACAACAACAAUUAGCCACUAAACAAACCGAACAAGGACAAAAUAUUUCGGCUGGGAGUUCGAACCGAACUACGGCUAAACAAAAUCUAACCAGUAAAGAAUUUUACCGACAAAAUAAAGAUGCCAAUGUCUCCAUCACUAAACAAGAUGCUUAUGAACUAAACUCGAUGAAAAAACUGGACGGAGGAGAUGAAUUAAAGAUAUUAUUAAAAAAGACGGAAAAAGAAUAUAAUAAACUCCCUGAUACUUCCAACCGAAAACCGAGAAUAGCAUUGAGAUUAAAAGUUUUAGAGGGCUGUAUUAAGGCUUAUGAACCCGAAUAUAUCGAAUUACCCACCCCUGAGGAAUUCCUAGCCCGAAUAAAAGGAGAAGUGGUCGGUUAUACCCGAGUAAUCGGUUAUGAAAACAUUAUUGAAAUCGUAGCCAAAUACUUAAAAUCCUAUCAUUUUGCUAAAAAGUAUGGCACCCCCCCACCAGCCCAAUUAAUGAUUAUGUUAUUGGGAGAACCAGGAUUAGGUAAAACCUAUAUCUCCCAAGCCAUUGCCAAAGCCUUAGGAAGAGGUUUCCAUAUGAUCGGCAUGAAUGGUAAACUAAAUGCUUCUUUAAUUACUGGAACUAAUAUUGAAAACCCAGGAGCAGAACCAGGAGAAGUAUUAAAGGCCAUUAGUAGGAGAGAAGAUAGAGGUUGUGUCAUUGUUUUUGAUGAAAUCGAAAAAGCAGCCCGAGAAUGUAAAGAGGCUUGUGGUAUUCCUACCGACAUCACCACUAAUAAAAAUUACCAAGACACUUUUUUAGACUUCCCCUCUCCGACUAAUGAAUGUAUUUUUAUUGCCACGGUAAAUAGACCGGAGGAUGUUCCUAAUUUUGUAGCCGACAGAUUUGCCAUUCGAGUGGAAGUUUUGCCCUUAGCCUAUCAGCAAAGGUUAGAAGUGGUGAGGGUAGUUUUACAAUCUGAAUUAAAGAAAUUAGAACCUGCUUUUGAGAAAAUUUAUCGUAAAAAGUGA